CUGAAACCGGACCACGCACGUUUCCUCCACUAACCCUAAACUAAAUCUAUAUUUCAACCUCAUCGACUUGAUUAACUUGCAUUUAAAACACAAACAUCGUCGUAUAUAUUGUAAGUAACCGUUAAUCUGGUGGCAUCUUUCCGCCGCACAGCCGCAUUCCUCAAUCUUUUUGAUGCCGGAUACAAAAAAUUUAAUUCCAGCCAAGCACCUUCUCCAUCUCGUUACAGCACCAAUGGCAAAGUUAAACUUGAACAACACGUCUGCAAAGAAGAAGGCCCCAGAACUUCCUGCGGAUAAACCCGAAAAACCAAAGAAGGCGGCCAAGGUGCCGAAGCUGUUCAUUGUGCGCCCAUCAAAGGUUACCAACGCCAAAUCACUCACCAAGGUAUUUCUCCACCCUUCCACGAUCAAAGCGCUUGAGUUAAGCACUGAAUCACUUGUGCAAAUCACCAAGGAGGGCCACGAUGUGGGCGCAGUGGUGGGAGUUUUGGCUGGCAUCGACACCGAGGACGAUGAAGAAGGCAUCGUGCAGUUGAGCGAAACCCACAGGAGAUUGGGUGGGUUUGUGUUGGGGGACAGGAUCGAGAUUAAAAGGUUCCGCGAGCAGCCAGGAUACGCUCAGAGCGUUAAGAUCGGCCUCAAGAGCGAGAUGGACCCCGAGAACCUUCCACCAAAAGCCCGUAAAUCCCUCGCAAAGAUCCUCGAUGGCAUGGGGGUGAUCCAGCCAGGGAUGCAAACCACGACUGACAUCAAGAUCUCUGAGGAAGAAACUUCAACCAUCACGAUGUUUGUCCUAGACAUUGACUAUGAUAUGCCAGAUAUGGCCAACCUAACACUUUCUCCACCCUCUGAAAAGUCGAAUUUGAUCACACCGGUGUUUUUGUUCAAACAAGACGCCCUACUCACGUUCACCCUGGAAACCGAAAUUUCCCGUCAGAAAUAUCACCUUCCUCACCACAUCUCGUACGCCUCCGUCGGUGGUUUAUCACAGCAGAUUGAGCUCUUGCGCUCCACCAUCGAGCUUCCGUUGCACCAGCCACAGCUCUUUUCUUCCUUCGGGAUCUCUCCCCCGCGCGGGGUCUUGCUCCACGGGCCUCCAGGUACUGGUAAAACGAUGCUCUUGCGCUGUGUGGCCUUUGAAACAAACGCCCAUGUUUUGCGCAUUAACGGGCCGUCUAUCGUUUCAAAGUAUCUCGGUGAGACGGAGGAGGCGCUUCGAGACAUUUUCCAGGAGGCACGCAAGUACCAGCCCUCGAUCAUCUUCAUCGAUGAGAUUGAUUCCCUCGCUCCGUCCCGCAGCAGUGACGAUUCCGGUGAGGUAGAGGGCAGGGUUGUGGCGACAUUGCUCACGUUGAUGGACGGGAUGGGUGACAGCGGCCGGUUGUGCGUGGUGGCCGCUACCAACCGGCCAAACUCCAUCGAUCCGGCGUUAAGACGCCCAGGACGCUUUGACCAGGAGGUGGAGGUUGGUAUUCCGGACUUGGAAGCCCGCGGGGAUAUUAUGCUCAAGCAGUUUGCGCAGAUGUCGCAGGAAAAGCACGAGUUGACCGCUGAGAUGAUCUACGCCGUGGCGGCCAAGACCCACGGGUACGUGGGGGCCGACUUGGUGGCACUUGUGCGGGAAUCGGUUAUGAAGGCCAUCAAACGUGGAUUGCUCAAGGGUAUCGACCAUACAAAUAUGAGGGUCACCUAUGCGGAUGUCGAGUCUGCUUUACCGGAAAUCAGACCGUCGGCGAUGCGCGAAAUCUUCUUGGAGAUGCCAAAGGUCUACUGGGACGACAUCGGCGGCCAACAUGAGUUAAAGCAGAAGUUGCGGGAAAUGGUUCAAUUGCCGCUUGAGGCGGCUGACACAUUUGUAAAGUUGGGGGUCAAGGCCCCAAAGGGGUUGUUGUUGUACGGCCCACCGGGUUGCUCCAAGACCCUUACGGCAAAGGCCCUUGCAACCGAAUCUGGGAUCAACUUCCUUGCCGUCAAGGGCCCAGAGAUCUUUAACAAGUACGUGGGUGAAUCUGAAAGGGCAAUCAGAGAAAUCUUCCGCAAGGCCAGGGCGGCGUCGCCAUCCAUCAUUUUCUUUGACGAAAUCGACGCCUUGUCUCCGGAUAGAAACGAUGGAGGCUCCACCCUGGCCGCCAGUCACGUAUUGACCUCAUUGUUGAACGAAAUCGAUGGUGUGGAGGAGUUGAACGGGGUCGUCAUUGUGGCGGCCACCAACCGUCCCGAUAGCAUCGACCCCGCGUUACUCAGACCGGGCAGAUUAGACAGGCACAUUUACGUUUCCCCGCCCGACUUUGAAGCCCGUUUGCAGAUCUUGCGCAAGUGUUCCGCCAAGUUCUGUUUGGAUCCGCUUGAGGUCCGCUUGGAGGAGUAUGCCGAGAGGACUGAGGGAUGCUCUGGAGCAGAGGUGGCGUUGUUAGUGCAGGAGGCUGGGCUCGCCGCGGUGAUGGAGGAUCAGGAGGCCGAAAAGGUGGUUAACAAGCACUUUGAGUAUGCCUUGAGCACGAUUUCCAGGGGAAUCACCCCGGAGAUGCUCGAGUACUACGAGACUUUUGCUAGCAGAAGCGGUGGGCUCUAAGAGUAAUAUUAUGGGAAGUAGAGAAGUGUCUGUAUAUCCUAAGUAUAGAAAUGAGAUAGGACUAAGAACUCAUACCCUCGGUAAACCAUUAGGUUGAAUGCCAUGAACGUGGAAGGUUGCC